CAGGCUGGAGUGUUGGGGCCAUGGCCUACUCAGUCACCGCUGCUGCCGCCGUCGCGAGACGGAACCUCGGGUGGAUUCCUCGGCAUCUCCUCCGCCGCGGCUACCAGACGGAAAGAGGGGUCUACGGCUACCGGCCGAAGCAGCGGGAAAACGGGGAGCCCAGGGGAGGCACGGCACGUUCGGCAGUUGAUCAUGGUCUUGCCCGUUUGGUCACAGCAUACUGUGAACAUGGUCAUAAAGCUGCCAAAAUCAAUCCCCUCUUUGCUGGUCAAGCUGUUAUGGAGAACGUACCUGAAAUCCAAACUCUUGUUGAGACUCUUCAGGGACCCUUUAAUACUACAGGAUUACUAAGCAUGGGGAAGGAGGAAGCCUCUCUGGAAGAGGUAUUGGCUUACCUUAACCACAUCUACUGUGGGCAGAUUUCUAUGGAAACAAUCCAGUUGCAGAGUCAGGAAGAGAAAGACUGGUUUGCAAGUAGAUUUGAGGAAUUAAAAAAGGAGACAUUCACUACUGAAGAAAAAAAACAGCUGUCCCGAUUAAUGCUGGAAUCUCAGGAGUUUGACCAUUUUUUAGCCACCAAAUUUGCCACAGUAAAGCGAUAUGGUGGUGAAGGCGCAGAAAGCAUGAUGGGUUUUUUCCAUGAAUUGUUAAAGAUGGCAGCCUAUAGUGGUGUGACAGAUGUCAUCAUUGGGAUGCCCCAUCGAGGGAGACUUAAUUUAUUGACUGGCCUUCUGCAGUUCCCACCAGAGCUGAUGUUCCGUAAGAUGCGUGGCUUAAGUGAAUUCCCAGAAAGCAUCUCUGCUACUGGAGAUGUCCUUUCUCAUUUGACCUCCUCUGUGGACCUUGAUUUUGGGUCUCAUCGACCUCUUCAUGUUACAAUGCUGCCCAACCCCUCGCACCUUGAAGCCGUCAACCCUGUUGCUGUUGGCAAAACUCGUGGGAGACAGCAGUCACAAUUAGAUGGAGACUACUCUCCAGACACUGCUGCUCAGCCAGGGGACAAAGUCAUAUGUCUGCAGGUUCAUGGUGAUGCUUCUUUCUGUGGUCAAGGGAUUGUUCCUGAAACGUUUACCCUCUCUAAUCUCCCACAUUUCAGAAUUGGUGGAAGUAUCCAUCUAAUUGUUAAUAACCAGCUGGGUUUCACCACUCCAGCAGAAAGAGGAAGGUCUUCCUUGUAUUGUAGUGACAUUGGUAAGAUUGUUGGCUGUGCUGUCAUCCAUGUCAAUGGAGAUAACCCUGAGGAAGUGGUUCGUGCCACCCGCCUGGCUAUGGAAUACCAACGCCAGUUUCGCAAAGAUAUAAUUGUUGAUUUGCUGUGCUACCGGCAGUGGGGUCAUAAUGAGUUGGAUGAACCCUUCUUCACCAAUCCUGUGAUGUAUAAAAUAAUUAGAUCACGAAAGAGCAUCCCAGACACCUAUGCAGAGAGCCUUAUUGCCCAUGGACUUAUGACCCAGGAGGAAGUAUCUGAAAUAAAGAACUCCUAUUACUCUAAGCUAAGUGACCACCUGACUAAUAUGACACUUUAUAGUCCACCUGCAACUAACCUUCAGGCCCACUGGCGAGGCCUAGUGGAACCUUCUGCCAGGAUCACUACCUGGGACACUGGUGUACCCAUUGACCUUCUGAGAUUUGUUGGAGGAAAGUCUGUAGAAGUUCCUGAGGAACUUCAGAUGCACAGUCACCUUCUAAAGACCUAUGUCCAGGCCAGAAUAGAGAAAAUAAAGGAAGGAACGAAGUUAGACUGGGCCACUGCAGAAGCUCUAGCCUUGGGCUCAUUACUUGCUCAAGGUUUUAAUGUCCGCCUGAGUGGUCAAGAUGUUGGCCGAGGAACCUUUAGCCAGAGGCAUGCGAUGAUUGUUUGCCAGAAUACAGACAACACGUACAUCCCUCUGAACCACAUGGAUGCUGAGCAGAAGGGGUUCCUAGAAGUGAGCAAUAGUCCUCUGUCAGAAGAGGCUGUGCUGGGAUUUGAAUAUGGAAUGAGCAUCGAAAGUCCCAAGUUACUGCCCAUCUGGGAGGCUCAGUUUGGUGAUUUCUUCAAUGGAGCCCAGAUCAUAUUUGACACAUUCAUCUCUGGAGGUGAGUCCAAAUGGCUUCUUCAGAGUGGCAUUGUAAUUCUCCUUCCACAUGGUUAUGAUGGGGCCGGACCAGACCAUUCUUCCUGUAGAAUGGAGCGUUUCUUGCAGAUGUGUGACAGUGUGGAAGAAGGAGUGGAUGGAGAUAAUGUCAACAUGUUUGUGGUGCACCCAACUACUCCAGCCCAAUAUUUCCACUUGCUCCGAAGACAGAUGAUUCGAAAUUUCAGGAAACCCCUCAUUGUUGCUUCUCCAAAAAUGCUACUCAGAUUCCCUGCAGCUGUGUCAAGUUUUCAAGAAAUGGCACCAAGGACAACAUUCAGACCUGUCAUUGGCGAUUCUUCUGUAGAUCCUAAAAAUGUUAAGAGCAUAGUUUUCUGCUCUGGCAAACACUUCUAUGCUCUCAUGAAACAAAGAGAAAAUUUGGGAGAGAAGAAAGACAACUGUGCUAUCAUCCGAAUAGAAGAACUCUGCCCUUUCCCACUGGAAGCCUUACAGCAAGAGUUGAACAAAUACAAAAAUGCCAAAGAUUUUAUUUGGAGCCAAGAAGAGCCACAGAAUAUGGGUCCCUGGUUUUUUAUCUCCCCAAGAUUUGAAAAACAGCUGGCCUGCAAGCUCCGUUUGGUGAGCCGACCUCCUUUACCAGUACCAGCUGUAGGAAUUGGAACCAUACACCAGCAGCAACAGGAAGAGAUCCUCACCAAGACCUUUGCUUGAGGUCUCUCUCUGAAGAAAUGCCAGCAGAAACUAUCUUAAAAAGAAAGGCCUCUGUAUCUAAUUUAAUUAGAACUCCCAGGCUGUUAUUUUCCAAGAAGUGGGACCUUCCAAGGACAGCUAAUUGCCAAUAGAGGAAACAGGCUGGAGAAGCUUACAUAUGAACUUUUUCUGAAUAUUUAAUUUGUUUACAGUUGUUAUACUAUUUGGCCAGGGCUAUGCUGUGGAAGCAAGGUAUAGAAUUGAGGCAGUUUUCCAGAUUGUUUCCUGACUACUUUUACUCUAGUAUUCUGGGUAUGAAUGCACAAAGGAUCUGUGAUUUCAUCAGUAUUUCUAAUCUGAAAACUUUUUCCACCAACAGAGGCCUUAACAGAUUAAAUCUGUGACUUACCAGAAAAGUCAAAGGGAGUUAUUUGAGAUAUAUAGGGUGUCUCCAAAGGCUCAGUGCAGUUUGAAGCUUUAAUGCCUUAAACUAUUAAGCUUUAAUAGCUUACAACUGUGCUGAGACUUUCUGAGAUGCCUUGUUUAGUUUCUCACAUACUGGCUGAUGCUGAUCGGGACUACAGCCAAUAAGUUUGAGAGACAGCAUUUGAACUCCUGUCUUCCUGACUGCAAGACCAGCACUCGAUCCUCUGCCAAGCUGCCUUUACAUUUUUCUAGAUUUUACAAAUGAAAUGUUUUCAUGUGUGAGUUACAGUUUGUAUCAUCUCAGUUCUCCUUGUUACAUUAAGCCUACCCUAGUUGCAUUGGUUUUUGCCUUUCUUCCUUCCCACAAUUCUUCUGACUACUAAAAAUUUUGGAUUCCAGGAUGUAUUAGAAUCUGGGAUGCUUUCUAUUAAAGCUAUUUUUAAAAAUGUUUCACCAAGUGCUUUAAGAUUGCUAGGUCAUUCCUAAUGUAUGUUCUUAAAAGAUUAGGGUGCUUCACUCGUCCAGUCUUUAAUGAAAGGGUUUGUGAUCUGUAAGCUACAGUGAUGUUGCUUUUCAGUUAGGUGAGAUUUGGGUGCUUCUUGGAAAAUGACCUAGAGCCUCUUAUCUGAGAAUCCUUUCUUUCUUUCAAAUUGCCUUUAUAAACAGUCAUUAUAGUUUUUGGAGAACUACUAAGAGUUUAGUAUUCUGGCUCUUCCCUUUAGGAGCCAUUCAUGAGGGAAUGGUGGCUAUUUGGGGGUAUAUGAGAAGCACUAUCUUCUCUGACACAGGAAACUUCCCGAUCCAAGAUUCUCAGGGACUAUUAGAGGUCACUGUCCCCAUGGAAGAGUUCUGAAAUGAUAUCUUGUAUUAGAGGCUUAACUAAGUAGGUUUGGGCCAGUGUAGCUCAACCAGUUACAAACCCAUUUUAUAACAGGAAGUUUCCACCAUGCCUGAGUAUCUGCACCUUCACUGUUGUCAUCCCCAAGGGUAAGCCAGAGGUAAUGGAAAGAUGAAAAAGACCUAUCUGUGCUUCCCCUCCACACACACACACACACACACUUUUUAUUGCAUAUAAGUGAAUUUGCUUAUCAGCUUCUCCUGCUUUGGCAACUGGUUUAUCACUAACUGUUUUUUGCAGCAUACAGUGGCAAUAAGCAUGUGUGCUGAUCUAAGUAUUAUAUACAAUAGUAACAUUAAGUUUCCUUUUAUUCAUUUACUCCUUAAUGUUCCAUCUCUGUGAAAAGAAAGAACUGUGCCAGGCAUAAAUUGCUAAAAUUUCAAAGGUCAGUCAGUGUAAGGUGAGACUUGUUAUUACUGAGUUCCAAUUUUAACUGGAGAAAAUUAAAGUUGUAACACAGUCUAAUCUUUUCAAACCUCUGCAGUUUUUUGAGCAACAGGGAAUCCUGGAAAUCAAAGAAUAAUAUAGCUUAUUUAAACUAUGAACAUGACCAAAUCAAGCCACCUUCUUAAGCCUCUUUUCCAAAUUUUGAUUUUACAAAUUAAUAAUUUCCUCCUCUUCAUUUUACUCCUCCAUAAUUUUUACUGUGAAAGAUAACAACUCAUUUUUUUCUUUUGUCAUCUUGAUAUUGCUCACUUCCAAUUAUGUGUUGGAUGUGCAUGCAGGAAAGAAAUGUCCAAAGAGUUUCAAAUAAAAUGUUUCUGGUUAAUUAACAUUUAUUUUAUUUUCUUCAUAGAUAUGGGAAGACUUUUAAAUAAAUUCAAAAAUACUUAAAAUAAUCUAUCUUGCUCAUUCCCAAUCUCACAGGUAUUCAUGUAUGUGUUGAAAGAAAAUCCAAAUUUGCCCAGAAAGUAUUAAGAUUGGUUACAUCUAGCCUCUGGGGUUUUGGGGAAAACAUAAAGAACUGUUUGACUUGCAGAAUUUAAUAAAGCUGUUUACCAAAACUGUUAUGUUCGGCAAAUGAAAAAAAGUGUGAGUUCACAACUAUGAAAAUACUUAGAUAUGAAUAAAAUCACAUCUUUUACUUAA